GCAUCACUGUCAGCACUGUCUAAAACUAGAUAAGUCAGUUAGCAUAAGCAGCCAGCUUCCUUUCACGCUCUCACACACACACACACACACAAACCCAGAGGAUACUGAAUUGACAGCUUCCAGGAGGACCUGAACAGCAGAGCUGCUUAUCAGUAGGGUCUUUAUUUAAGUGACACCUGUGAGAGGCACAGAGGAAAACACAUGGGUCUAGAGGGUGAAGAAUCUGCAGAAAAGAAAAUGGCUCAAAAUUGCUUAAAAUUCCUGAAAUAUGCUCUGAUAACCUUCAAUUUUAUAUUCUGGCUCUGCGGGGGUAUCGUCCUGGCACUGGGUAUAUACCUCAUGAUGACCUCCAAUUACGGCUCCUUGCUGCCCAACCAGCCCUCCUUGAGUGUGGCCAACACUCUCAUCAUCACGGGGACCAUCGUCAUGGUGGUGUCCUUCCUGGGCUGCCUGGGGUCCCUCAAGGAGAACAAGUGCCUUCUCAUUACUUUCUUCAUCGUCCUGCUUAUCCUCAUGAUGGUAGAGAUUGCAAUGUCAGUCAUUCUCCUAAUCAAUGAAGAGAAGAUUGAUGGUUUUCUUUUGAAAGAGUUUGAGGCCAGCCUGCAAAAGUAUACACACAGCAAUGCUACACAGGGCACUGAGGACUGGGACAUCAUACAGCAUAAGUUUAUGUGUUGUGGAGUUAAAGGAAUAGAUGACUGGAAUGGAACAGUCCCAUUAGCCUGCUGCAAGGAGUCAAACUGUGCAAAUCGGAAGAUAUAUUGGCAAGAGGGUUGCUAUGAAAAGCUGAAGCAGUGGUUCGAGAACAACUAUCUGAAUGUGGGAAUCGGCAUCAUUGUUAUAUCUAUUAUUCAGGUGCUGGGCAUGUCAUUUGCCAUGACUCUGUACUGUCACAUUUCCAAAUCCGGCAUCUUUUUCCAAUGAGCGAUGAAGAAGAAGAGCGUUAUCACUUCCCUCUUCUCCUCCUCCCCCCUCCCCGGGUACAGCCAGGCUGAAUGAAGAAAGCUUCCGUCCCUCCCUCACUUUUAAGCACUGGCUGCAGAGCCCUCGCUGCGUGGUGGAGUUACUCAUUAGGACUGUCACCUCCUCCAGACCGGCGCUUUCAACAAGUGGGUUUACUCCCUAUGAAAAUGUUUUUGUUCAAGUCCCCCUACCCAGGGCCAACAUAACCUUCUCUCCCUUACCCAGCAGAUCCUCAUUAUCAUUCCCUGGCUCGUUAUCAUUCCCUGGCUUGUUUGAAACCUUAACCCAAACGGAGACUAAUGAACACACAAUCACACACAAUCGGCCGGUCAGAAGUCAUUUCAGAAGGGCAAUGAAAAUGAUUGUAAUGCAGGAACAGAGCCCCUCUUAAAUGCACGCGGUCAAACAGGCUGUUAAUCCAUAAGAAACAAGAACCAUUCUUUGCUAAACCAAAUGUGCAAAUAAUACAGUUAAGAACAGUUACUGUAAUCCAUUUUUUAUAGGGGAAAUUAUAUGAAGAAACAGCAGUAACUGGUACCACAGCAGAGUUCUAUCUUCUUAAUAUAACUUGAAAGAGAAGUUGUUCAGUUUGCUGAGCUCUGUAAAUAUUAUUACUUAUUUUGCUUGCAGUUCUAACUCACUAGGCAUACAUUCAACAUUUUCUUCAUUAUUACCAUUAUUAUUAUUAUUAUUAUUAUUAUUAUUAUUAUUAUUAUUAUUACUCUGGAUCUGUCCAUGUUUCUAUUUAAGCAGUGUUAUUAGUAUAUUUGUCUGGCAUGGUUUCUCCAGUGUGAGAUACAUGCGGAGCUGGAGAUCUGCACAGACAGGUCGAAGGCAGCAAGUCUCUAGAAUGUUAAACUUGUAAAUUACAUUUGCACUAAUUAAGGUCAAGUGAAUACGAUGAAUUCGGAACAGUUUGCCCACAAUACCUGAGUGGUGCUAAGACAGAUAAUAACAUGAUAGAAAUGGACAGAUUUGGGAAGCUGUGAAUGUGGGAGCGUGUUCCCGGUGGGUGACCGUAGCGUGCUGUGUGUUGUGAAGCACAGUGGAUCCGUACAGGAUCCAGACCACUGCUGAGUUUAAUCUCAAUCAGACAUUCAACGGCAAGGUGCAAUACUGUAUAAGCAUACAAAACACACAACACAGCUCCUCCCAGGCACUGCACAUGCAUUCUGAGCUGAGAAGAGAAAGGUUUCCACAAGCAGGUAUUCUUGUGAUAAGAAACUCUUCUCCGUCUCUGCUCGCUUGUCUAAAAUUUGAUGAACUAAAUAGCGCAUUGAGAAAUGGUGUUGCAAAAACAAGAGGAACGUUGCCAAAGCCUUAUUGUCAAAACUUUGUCUAAUUUGCUUUUGACUUAUUUUUAGCACAGCUUUCUGCUUUGAGAGAACUGAUAACCUAGUGCCAAAAAAGUUGAAAACUCUCCAAUGCACUGCGGCAUACGCGUUGAAAGAUAUAUAUAAAAAAAAGAAAGCCAACAAAUGAUACAGAUCAGUGUGGUUAAAUCCUGAAUGUGUACAUUAAUAAUGUAACUUGUUAUUUUGCUAUGAUGCUGCAAUAUGAAAUAUUAAUAAAUUUUCUGUAAAAUGAAA